ACUGACUCACACAGGCCCCGCUCUUUGUGACUACCGCGAGCUCAGCUUUCCCCCCAACUCCCGUCGUGCCGUUGCCAGGAUACGGAAAGGACCUGUGGCUGCGUGACUUAACGGCAGGCCGGGGAAGAUCGUGGAGGCAGGCCGGGGAGAGGGUCGGAGUGUGUGAUCGUGUGACCAUCAGCGUGGGCAGCCCCUCACAGUGAGUUGACGCAUACGAAAAUACCAGAAGCCUUAUGAAACAGCUGCAUGAGAAUAAAGCUGGGGGCCAGCCCCGUAAGGAGAACUCCUUUUCUAGUAAUGACAGUAAGACGCCAACAGUACAGACUCCGGAUGACAGUGGGCAGAUCUUGGCCCAAAAACGAUCUCUACAAGGUUUCAACAGCAUGGAAGGUGGUGCUGCAGGAAGUGCUGAUGAUGCCAAAAGACCUAAGCUCUUGCCUGAUGUGAAUUCACCUAGCCAAGAAUCUGAAGAGGAGUCAGAUGACAGCGAUUAUGAGAGAGUGGAGAGUGAUAAUGAUGCCAGUGAUACUACAGAGAGCGAUGAAGAUGAUGGGGAUGAAACUGUCAGUGAGGCAUCAGAAAGUAGUAAUGAAGAUCCUGAAGAACCCGCAGGCCAGCCUUCAAGGCCUGAUUUAACAAAAGAAUUAUCUUCAAUGUCUUUUGAGAAGCUGUUACAAAUGAGAAACCAAGUUGGGAUGAAGGCUUAUGAGCAAAUGACAUCUAAGAAAAGGCCAACAGAUGUCACAAAAACAAAGAAGAGACCAUGUUUGAGCAAAAACAGGCCUUUGGAAACUUCAGCCAAACUGCCAGUACCUUUUUUGCGGCAAGUCGUGCCCGUUAAGAAAAAGGUGUCCAGAGAUCCUCGUUUUGAUGACCUCUCUGGGGAAUAUAAACCAGAAGUAUUUGAAAAAACAUAUAGUUUCUUAAAUGAUGUGAGGAAGAAAGAGAAAGAGGUUAUUCAGAAGCAACUGAAGAAAAGCCAAAAUGUAGAAGAGCAGAACAAAUUGCAGCAGCUCCUUAAGCGAAUGACACAACAGGAAGAAGCACAGAGAAAAUGCCAGAAGAAGAGAGAAAAUUCCCUGGCAUUCAAGAGACAGCAAAGAGAGUUGGCCAAGCAAGGAAAGAAGCCUUUCUUCCUAAAGAAAUCUGAAAUGCAGAAAUUGGAACUUGCUGAGAAAUACAAAGAUCUGAAGAAAAGUGGGAAGCUGGAGAGUUUCCUGAACAAGAAGAGGAAAAGGAAUGCUGCUAAGGAUAAAAGGAGACUCCCUUUUCGGAAGGAUAACUAAUGUCUGGCUACCCCGCACCCAAACUCCCCUCCCCAAACAAAGACUUCACUCACAGAUUCAUACUUUGUCAGUUGUACAGGCAAAUCUAGGAAAGAUGACCUCUUGAGCUUUAAGCCAGGCAGUGAAGCCAAAUAGCCAGGAAUCAUCCCACAGUUCAAGAUACUCUGCCAAGUCAUUUAUGUUUUCUGGGGGGGAAAAAGAUUGUUGUGCAAAAUUAUGUUGUUUCAAUUUCACAAGCACCUCUUAAACUUUGCAAAAGGAAUAUUUCUGGUGAUUAAAUUCCCUGCUGCUUGCUCUUCUUUUCCUUCCAGGGCGAGAAGUAAUAGAUCCCUAGCAAUCUGAUUUCGGUUCCCUCUUGCUUUUCCCAAAACUGAUCUUCCUCCUUCCAGUCUAUUUUUUCUACUGUGUGUAGGCUUGGCAUCCACCUACCGUUUUUCCGAAUUGCCUUCCUGGAGAGCACUCUUUUACCUUCCUGCAGCUACCCAUUAGUCCUGCUUGAUUGUGGUUCCAGCUGUUUUAUUUGCAGAGCUUAACAGAAUAACAAUAACUGAUGCUUAACAAACUUCCCAGUGAACACUAGCCCUGAACAAGGUAGAAUUUUCAAUAAAGCACUAUUUGCAGUAUUGUUAAUGGAAGGAUCACAAACAAUAUAAUGCAGUGAUGGUGAACGUUUUUCUGCACGGGUGCCAAAACGGUGCGCGCCAUAGCCAUAAUGCAAUGCCCUCUCCCUGCGCAUGCGUGCACAACCCCCCCCCUGCUUCCCUCACGCAUGCACGCAGGCCUCACUGAAACCUUCGGAUUUUGGGUAGGCCCAUUGGGCCAUUUUUCACCAUCCAGAGGCUUUCUUGAAGCUUGGGGAGGGUAAAAACUGCCUCCCCCCAUCCUCCAGAAGUCCAAAAAUCAUUUGGCCAGCAUGUAUAUGCAGUCUGGAACUGACAUAGAGUAACAUCUUGUGUGCCCUCAGAUAUAUAUUCCAGCUUCUUAAACUUUGGUUAGGGAGAACUGGGUUGUUGUUGUUGUUUGUAAUAUGACUGCAUUUACUUUUACUGCUGAAGUGGACAAUUAGCAGUCCAUGUUUUUAGCAGGUGUUUAGAAAAUUUGUAUGUGCACAAAUAUAUAUGUAAACAUAUAGAGUGUUACUACAGUACAACACUGGCAAUUUACAUUUUGACUGAGUUUGCUGAAUCACUAAUUAUUAACAUCACUGUUUCACUGGGCUGAUUUAAAAAUAAAUUUGUUAUUUUUA